UCGGGAUAAUCAAGUUGCAAAAUAUUUCGCGCGAAAUGUAAUGAUUUGCAAAAACAUCAUCUUGUACUAUUUAUUAUCUUUUAUUCUACCUUCUAGUAAGAUAUGGCUCCAACUACUCCCAGACAAACUAAAAAACGUCCAAAAACUACUACUCCGCAAUCGGAGGUUUCUGAAAGAUCAGCACAUCAAUCUUCAGACUUGCAUCCUUUAUCAGAUGAUGUUUCUUUACAGCCACCAUCACAGCGCAGGCGUAUAGAUAAAGACGCACCAAGCUCGCCUCUUCCUGAAGUUCCAGCCUCUCCUAACACUUCCCAACAAGACCAUGGAGUGCUUGACACUUCAAUGAACAGUCGUACAGGCAUACUGAAUACAAGUGAAAUUGAGCCUCAAAGUUCACCAUUAAACUAUGGAACUCCUUCUUCACGAAUGGGAAGUGUGAGGAGUACAUCGAGAGGAACACCUGCUCGUUUACGAAGUGAUGUAAGAAGCAAUAAAACUUAUAGACAGGUUAAUGUAGGAGCUGCUGAACAGUCUGAUGCAAAUGAUCCUUUAUCAAGUGAUAUUCCAAGUGAGCCAAAACUUGUCAUUUGGGGUACAGACGUUGUUGUAACAGACACAAAAGAAAGAUUUCGUCAGUUUGUUUUAACAUACAUUGAUGAUGACUUUGAUGUAAAUAAUGAAUAUGAACAAGACAAACCAUUGUAUAUUCAAAAGCUUGAAGAGAUUAGCAUCACUGAAAAUGCUUUUCUAAAUAUUGAUUGCAAACACUUAAAGAAGUACCACAGUGAUUUGUACAGACAGUUGAUAUGUUAUCCACAAGAAGUUAUACCAACGUUUGAUGUUGCUAUUAAUGAACUAUUUGAAGAAAAGUUUCCAGAUACUGCUCUUAAUCAUCAGAUACAAGUUCGGACUUUCAAUGUUGAUAAAACAAUGAACAUGCGCUCAUUAAAUCCAGAAGAUAUUGACCAAAUGAUAACUAUAAGUGGGAUGAUAAUAAGAACUUCCAGUAUUAUCCCAGAGAUGAGUGAAGCAUUUUUUAAGUGUAAUGUAUGUCACAUGACUCAAACUGUGGAAAUUGACAGGGGAACUAUUGUUGAACCAACAUCUUGCUCAAAUUGCAAUACUCAACAAGGAAUGGCACUGAUACACAAUCGUUCCCGAUUUACUGACAAACAAAUGGUCAAAAUGCAAGAAUCUCCUGAUGAUAUGCCUGCUGGACAGACACCACAUACUGUUAUUAUGUAUGCAUACAGUGAUCUUGUUGAUACUGUUCAGGCUGGUGACAGAGUAACAGUAACAGGAAUAUAUCGCGCUACUCCACUUCGUGUGAAUCCACGCAUGAGAAAUGUGAAAGCUGUGUACAAGACAUAUAUUGAUGUUAUUCAUUUUCGAAAGUCUGAUAAACGAAAGUUGUAUGAAAGAGAUUCAGACAGUCAAGUAACAUUUACCCAAGAAAGAAUUGAAUAUUUAAGUAAACUUUCAAAGAUGCCAGAUAUUUAUGAAAGACUUGCCAAGGCAUUAGCCCCAAGCAUCUAUGAAAAUGUUGAUAUCAAAAAAGGCAUUUUAUUGCAGCUUUUUGGUGGUACAGCUAAAGAUUUUACGCAUGCUGGUCGUGGAAAGUUUAGAUCAGAAAUAAACAUUCUUUUAUGUGGUGACCCUGGGACAAGUAAAUCACAACUAUUACAAUAUGUUCACAACCUUGUGCCUCGUGGUCAAUAUACUUCUGGAAAAGGUUCUUCAGCAGUUGGUUUGACAGCAUAUGUAACUCGAGAUCCAGAAACAAACCAACUAGUUUUGCAAACAGGAGCGCUUGUGUUAAGUGAUAAUGGCAUUUGUUGCAUUGAUGAGUUUGAUAAAAUGUCAGAAAGUACACGAUCUGUUCUUCAUGAAGUUAUGGAGCAACAAACACUCUCUAUUGCAAAAGCUGGAAUCAUUUGUCAAUUAAAUGCUCGUACUUCUAUCUUGGCAGCAGCAAAUCCACAAAAAUCGCAAUGGGAUCCUAACCUUACCACAGUAGAAAAUAUUCAAUUACCACAUACGUUGUUAUCAAGAUUUGACUUGAUAUUUUUAAUGUUGGAUCCUCAAGAUGAGCAUUUUGAUAGAAGAUUAGCAUCGCAUUUAGUUUCACUUUAUCAUAUGUCCGAUGUAGAAGCAGAUGCCGAAUCGGUGGACAUGAGUACACUAAAGGACUAUAUAUCAUAUGCCAAAAAUAAUAUAGUACCAAAACUUAGUGAAGAAGCUGGACAACUUUUGAUAAGUUCUUAUGUCGAUAUGCGAAAAGCAGGGGGAAGUCGAGGGGCAGUAUCUGCAUAUCCUCGUCAGUUAGAAGCUUUGAUCCGGAUGGCUGAAGCACAUGCAAAAAUGAGAUUCUCAAAAUUUGUCCAAAUAGUAGACGUUGAGGAAGCAAAAAGAUUACAUCGCGAAGCAUUAAAACAAUCUGCAAUGGAUCCAAAGACUGGUAUGAUUGAUAUCAAUAUUCUCACCACAGGACUAAGCAUUACAGAUCGAAAGAGAAGAAUUGAUGCAUCUAAAGCAUUAUUAGAAUUGUUAAAAGCUAAAGGUCGAGUUCCAACAAUAAAUUAUUACAAGCUUUUUGAGGAGUUUAGAGAACAAUCUGAAGCAAAAAUAAGUCGUUCGUUAUUUGAUGAUGCGUUAAGAAUACUAAAAGACGACGAUCUGAUUCUUAUGCCUGAUGAUCGAAAAACUAUACGGUUGAUUUGAUUGCUUUGAGAGCUAAUUGGAAUUUUGGCUCUAAUUUCUAAUUACUCAAAUUGGGCAGUGGAGACAGUAGUUUUUGUGGAUUUCAAAAAGUGGAUGUCAAGAUAACUUGAGAAGACUUGCUUUUAUUUCAAACGACACGCUCAAGAAGAUAAUUUAUUUUUACUAUUUGAACAAUGAUGUAAAGUCAUUUGACGGCAUUGUAAAAUAACUUUUGAUUGACUAAAUAAAGUGUAUAUAUGGAAAAAA